UGGGUUUUGCCGUGGACCUCCUCCGUCCUCCUUUUGCCAAAACUCCAUUUUCCUGCUCCUCCUCCUCCUCCUCCUCCGACUUUUGCAGCCUCUGGUUUGUUCUAGACUCUACUGGACUCUUCUCCUCCCCUCCGCUCCCUCCCCCAAAUACCGCCCCGCCUCCUCCCCCACCACCUCGCCUCCGUCCUCCGCCGUCUCGAGAAUCUCUCCGACAGAGGGAACAGAAGCCAUCGCCGUUAAUCCCGCCGCCGCCGCCGCCGCCGCCGAGGAUGUUCGGGGUCGUGUUCCCCGACCGGAGCUUCCCGAUCGACAUCUCCGCCUUCGCCCAGAUCGACACCUUCCACUGGGUCCUCGACAUGAACACCUUCGUCGGGGAAGCGUACGACCAGGUCCGUGAGAUGUGCAUCUUCCUCCUCAACGGCUUCGCCCUCCCGCCCGACAAGGCCCUCGCCGUCUACGUCCAGUCCCCCGGGUCCCCCUUCGUCUACUGCGGCGCCGUCACCGUGUCCCGCCCCUCCGCCGUCCUCCCCCUCGCCUGGCCGGAGCCCGGCGGGGACGCCGCCGCCGCCGCCGCCGGGGGCCAGCUGCAGCUGACGUCGCCGGGGGCGGCGCCGCUGACGGCGAAGAUCGGGGUGUCGGUGGAGGAGGCGGGGGCGCUGCCGUCGCUGGACGCGGCGGAGGGGAGGAGGGUGGAGCGGAUGGCGAUGAGGGUGGGGGAGAACCUGUUCAACUUCAUGCAGUCGUUCUGCGGGGUGGACGGGAGCAGGCUGGUGGUGCCGACGGACAUCCUGGACCGGUGGUUCAAGAAGUUCCAGGAGCGGGCCAAGCGCGAUCCCGACUACCUCAAGAGCUUCGCUUUGUAGAUUUCUCUCUCUCUCUUUGUUCUCUCUUCUUGUUUUUCGUUUGUUUUUUUCCUUGCUUUGUUAGGUGCUUGAGAAGAACAGGCAAGAUUUGAGCUAAAAUUGACGCUUUUCCCUCGUGACUUGAACGUGGUAGAUUACGUAUUGUUUAAGUUGUCUAACGCUUGUACAUUGAUCUAAGCGUGUCUAAUAUCAUGCCCGAACUUUAGUCGACGUUGUCCUUCAA